UUAAUACAAAAACAAAAAUCAAUGGAAAACAAAAGAUUUAUUACUGUAGUGAAAGAACGAAUAUCAGCUCAUAUACUUUGCCCCAAAUUGAGAAUACUAGGCUCGGCCCGGUGGGGUAUUGCGAAAUAUGCCGUUCGCACUUUCGUUUAAAACCGUGAUCGAAAGCUUCCGGUACAGGAAAAGAUUCUUGAAACUGAUGGUUUGAUUAUCGCAGGACAGCCGUGAACUGUGAGGUUUGUUUUUUUAACCGCUUACAUAAACAAGUCAAACGCGAAUACUGAAAAUCUACGAACUUUUUGUGCGAGUAACGAAUUAAGUAUUUACUGCACUGCACUCUCUUUACCCACUCCCACUGCAACCUGCGACUGGAGCUGUGUUAUGGAUCAGUUUUAUGGAAGCGAAUAUUUUCGGCAGCGUCUGAUCUUGGCGACAUUAAGCGGAAAGUCGAUACAGAUUUCGAAAAUUCGAUUAAAAGAGGAGCAUCCUGGUCUGGUUGAUUACGAGGUGAGCUUCCUGCAACUUCUGGAGGCUUUAACGAACGGAACAUCCAUCGCGAUUGACGAAACCGGAACCCAAGUUACCUACCGUCCGGGGCUUCUCACUGGUGGCGAUGUUGUUCUGGACUGUCCACCAAGCCGAUCUGUGUCAUACUACCUCGAAGCAAUCCUUUUCCUGGCGGCUUUUGUUAAAAAGCCUUUGAAUGUGGUUUUGCGGGGUAUUACCAAUGAUGAUGUAGAUCCGUCGGUUGACUCAAUCAAACACGCUUCUCUGCCGGUCCUCCAAAAAUUCUUGGGAACUGACGAAGGGCUGGAAUUGAAGAUUUCUAAGCGUGGUUUGAGCCCAAACGGUGGAGGUGAAGUGCAUUUUUCUUGCCCUUGUCGACUGAAACUCCGUCCCUUCCAACAGAAAGAUGCGGGCAUUAUCAAAAGUAUUCGUGGAGUUGCGUAUGCUUGUAAAGUGUCGCCAACAAUGGGUAAUCGAGUGGGAGAAGCAGCGAAAUCUAAACUGAAAGAAUUCGUUGCUGAUAUUUAUGUGUACACGGAUCAUUGUAAAGGGCCAAAAAGCGGAUUAUCACCUGGAUUCGGAAUAACGUUGAUCGCCGAAUCGACAACAGGUGUGAGGUAUGCGAUUGAUGUUGCCUCAUCUGUUCCCGGCUCCGGCCGUCCUCCUUCUGUGCCGGAAGAUCUUGGAGAAAAAGCAGCAGAUCUGCUUCUAGAGGAAAUCUAUCGGGGAGGUUGUGUGGGGAUGGUUAACCAAAGUCUGGCUUUGCUGUUGAUGGCAUUAGGCCAGAGCGAUGUAUCUAAAGUGGAGAUGGGUUCGUUGUCGCCCUUCUCAAUUCAGUUUCUUCGUUAUUUGAGGGAUUUUUUUGGAGUUGUUUUUCGAAUAUCACAGGAGACCGACGGAGCUAAGAGCGACGGUUGUGCGAUUUUUACGUGUGUGGGAAUAGGUUAUUCAAAUAUAAACAAGACUGUAGCAUAAGUUUGUCUAACCGCUGCAUGUACUCUGUACUGUAACGAGCGCUGAAUGCUUUAAUGUUGUGCUAUGUGAAACCUUGAAUGUUUUUUUACUGGGUUUAGCUGUUUAUGAACCGCAAACUGAAAAACCUGUCUACUCAAGUCUGGAAUACAGUGGCUAGGUUAAGCCUUGUGGUAACGUGAACAUUAAAAGCAUAGAC